AUGAGGGUAUCACCUCUGAAGAUAGUGUUUUCUCUUUGGUGUCAGUUGGUGAUUGCUGUCUCCAGUCUGGAGAUAGGCAGCUAUGACUUGGAGCGGGGGAGGCCAGCUAAAUGUGAGCCUAUUGUCAUCCCUAUGUGCCAAGGUAUUGGGUACAACCUCACUAGAAUGCCCAACCUCAUGGGCCAUGAGAAUCAGAAGGAGGCAGCCAUCAAGCUGAAUGAAUUUGCCCCUCUUGUGGAGUAUGGCUGUGACGUUCACUUGCGUUUUUUCCUCUGCUCCCUGUAUGCUCCCAUGUGCACAGACAAAGUGUCCACCUCAAUCCCUGCCUGCAGACCCAUGUGUGAGCAGGCCAGACAAAAGUGCUCUCCGAUCAUGGAGAAAUUCAACUAUGCCUGGCCUGAUUCUCUGAAUUGUUCUAAACUUCCAACUAGAAAUGAUCCCCAUGCCCUGUGUAUGGAGGCUCCCGAGAAUGACACAAAGACUGAGACCAAGAAAGGGGAGGGCAUGCUUCCCGUGCCUCCUAGACCCCGGCAGCCUGGCACAGGGAGCGGACGUUCAGCAGGGAGCCUAGGCACCUGUGAGAAUCCAGAGAAGUUCCAGUAUGUGGAAAAGAGUGAGACCUGCGCACCUCGGUGUUCCUCGGCUGUAGACGUGUUCUGGUCCAGACAGGAUAAAGACUUUGCCUUCAUCUGGAUGACCGUGUGGUCGACUUUGUGCUUCAUUUCCACAGCUUUCACUGUACUCACGUUCCUCUUGGAUCCUCACCGCUUCCAGUACCCAGAACGUCCCAUCAUCUUCCUCUCCAUGUGCUACAACGUCUAUUCUGUGGCUUUCAUUAUCCGCUCAGUGGCGGGCGCUGAGAACAUUGCCUGUGACCGUGAGAAUGGUGAGCUUUACAUCAUCCAAGAGGGUCUGGAAAGCACCGGCUGCACCAUCGUCUUCCUCAUUCUCUACUACUUUGGCAUGGCAAGCUCCAUCUGGUGGGUCAUCUUGACGCUCACGUGGUUUCUGGCUGCUGGCAAGAAAUGGGGCCAUGAGGCAAUAGAAUCGCACAGCAGUUACUUUCACAUGGCAGCUUGGGGCAUCCCAGCUCUCAAGACCAUUGUCAUCCUCACCAUGAGGAAGGUGGCUGGGGAUGAGCUGACAGGACUGUGUUACGUCGGCAGCAUGGAUGUAGGGGCCCUGACGGGUUUUGUGCUUGUUCCGCUGUCCUGUUACCUCGUCAUUGGCACAUCCUUCAUCCUGACUGGCUUUGUGGCGCUCUUCCACAUCCGGAAGGUCAUGAAGACUGAAGGUACCAACACGGAAAAGCUGGAGAAGCUCAUGGUAAAGAUCGGCAUUUACUCCAUCCUCUACACUGUUCCCGCCACCUGCGUCAUCAUCUGUUAUUUCUACGAGCGUCUCAACAUGGACUACUGGAAGUUCCAGGGCCUGAAGAGUAAGUGUGUAACUUUGCCAGGGCGGAGGAAUGAGGAUUGCUCUCUGGAAUCAUCUGUUCCAACGGUGGCUGUGUUUAUGUUAAAGAUCUUCAUGUCACUGGUGGUUGGCAUCACCAGUGGUGUGUGGGUGUGGAGCUCCAAAACCCUGCAGACCUGGCAAGGGCUUUGCAGCAGGAAGCUGACAGACAGGACUAGCAGAAAGCCCUGUACCGGUGGAAGCUGCAGCAGUACACACUGCCACUACAAAGCACCGGCUGUGGUGUUACACAUGUCCAAAACAGACCCAUAUUCAGACUGCCCCACACAUGUAUGA